AUCCUUUCUUCUUGCUUCGAGCCAAAGAACAUUCACUUUACAUAUCACUCUCAUUUUUCACAACAACAAAUACAUUCUUGAAAAGCAACACCAUGGCUGCAAACAAAAAGAUUCUUUUUAUUUUGACUUCACACGAUCAAUUGGGCGACACUGGCAAAAAGACUGGCUGGUAUGCUGAAGAAGUUGCAGUACCUGCCACUAUCUUGACCAACCAUGGCUAUGAAAUCGUUUAUGCUUCCCCCAAGGGUGGUAAGGCCCCUCUUGAUCCCAACUCAGUUGAAGAUGCUAAGGAUAACCCACUUGUCACCUCAUUCUUGGACAAUAAGGAUAUUGCUCACAAAAUUGACAAUACUCAUAAGAUCGAGGAGUUUGUUGGCAAAGAAAACGAGUUCGCAGCCAUCAUCUACCCUGGCGGUCAUGGUCCCGCGUACGAUCUAGAGCACAAUGAGGCUGCUAUUAAGCUCACAGCAGCAGCCUAUGAAGCAGGCAAGGUCGUUGGUGGAAUCUGCCACGGCUCCAUCGGCUUGACUGAUGUCAAGCUUUCGGAUGGAACUUUCCUGGUUAAAGACAAAAACGUUACUGGGUUCAGUGAUGAUGAGGAGAAGUCCGUUGGUCUUGAAAAUGUUGUUCCUUCUCUCUUGGAGACCAAGCUCAAGAAAAACGGAGCCAACUAUCACAAGGCUGAUAAGCAGUGGGGCGCCAAGGUUGUGACUGAUGGUCGCAUUGUCACAGGACAAAACCCUGCCAGUGCUCCAGGAUUUGGCGAGGCCAUUCAUGCUGCUAUCCAAGCUCACCAGUAGAAUGAUAUGAUAGCGUG